CAGUUUACUAGUAAUACAAUGUUGUAGUGUAUGACCGCUAUAUCAUGUGGAGAACUGUAUGACACGGUAUACACCCAGGAUAUGCGCCGUAAGACCUACCACUACCAUGUCAACACCCCCACCGCAGCACCAAACAUUGCUCUGGUCGUCGGACCUUUCCAGAUCUACGUUGAUCCAAAUAUGCACGAAGUGACCCAUUUCUGUCUCCCCCACCUACUUCCGGUCCUGAAAUCCACUGUCAGGCUUCUACACGAGGGGUUCGAGUACUUCGAGACCAUCCUGGGAACACAGUUCCCCUUCUCCAACUACAAGCAGGUGUUUGUCGACGAGGUGUACCCCACGAUGAACAGCUACUCCUCCUUAACUAUCUUCAAUACAAACAUUCUUCAUCCGACAGCUGUUAUUGAUCAGCAGUAUGAAACCAGGAAAGUUUUAACUGAGGCACUAGCCACACAAUUCUUUGGUACAUAUGUUAGCACGGAGAAAUGGUCGGACAGGUGGAUUAAAAAAGGUAUACCAAAGUAUUUGAUGAGUUUGUGGGUGAAGAAAACAUUUGGAAACAACGAGUACAGAGACAUGAUUCAUCAGUACAUGAACGACGUUGUAGCAUAUGAGAGUAAAUAUGGUGGUAUAAUACUAGACUCCAGCCAGGCUCCUGCCAGUGUAGUCACCAUUAAGGGAGAAUCUUCUAAAAACCCCGAGGUUGAGGCUAACCCGUUCUGUUUCCCUGUGAGUAACCUGCACACCUGCUCCCCCGAGUACCUGGAAAUCAUGGAGAAAAAGUCCCAUCUUGUCAUUAGGAUGAUGGAACACAGGUUGGGUCAGCAGCAACUUCUCCAGGUGCUAAACAAACUACUAGCUCUAGCAUCCAAUGCUCGUCAAACUAAAGCUGACCCUAGAGCUUGGAGCAAUAUGGUCUGGAACACAAACACGUUCACCAAAUCUAUAUUCUCCGUGACCGGGAAGGAUAUGACGGUGUUUGUUGACCAAUGGGUGCGAAUGGGCGGUCACGCUAAGUUUGUGCUCAAGUUUGUUUUCAAUCGAAAACGAAACACGGUGGAGCUGGAGAUAAACCAGGACGCGGCAAACAAUAUGGAGCAGGGGGUUAGAAAGUACGUUGGACCGGUCAAGAUUGCUCUGCAAGAGUUAGAUGGACAAUUUCCACAUACUUUUCAGGUAGAACGAGUUAAUAGUAAACAUGAUAUCACAUGUCACAGUAAAUCCAGGAGAAACAAGAAGAAGAAGAUCCCUCUCGUCAACAACGAGGAAGUCGACAUGGACCUCUCACAGAUGGACGACAGUCCGGUUCUCUGGAUCCGGCUGGAUCCUGAUUUUACACUCAUCCGGAGCGUCGAGAUUGUACAACCGGAUUUCCAAUGGCAAUAUCAGCUAAGACACGAGCGUGAUGUAACGGCACAGACCGAAGCAGUUAAUGCUCUUGAAUUCUUUCCUUCUCCAACUACGCGCGCAGCUCUCACAGAUACAAUAAAAAACGAGCAUUGCUACUACAAGGUCCGAUGUCGAGCUACAAACUGCUUGACUAAGGUAGCGAACGCGAUGGUGCAGACCUGGGACGGACCCCCGGCCAUGAUGUUGAUCUUCAAGAACAUGUUCGGCAGCUUCGCCGUCGGGCACAUCAUUAAACAGAAUGAUUUCAGCAACCUUCAGAAUUAUUUUUUACAGUGCGCUAUACCUCAGGCUAUGGCAGGGCUACGGAACUCUCAUUUGAUCUGCCCGAAUGAGGUGCUUGAGUUCCUGUUGAACCUAUUCAAGUACAACGACAACAGUAAGAACUCCUUCAGUGAUAACUAUUAUAGAGCUGCUCUUGUCACAGCACUUGGUGAGACUGUGACUCCCGUGGUCUCGAUGUUGGCUCAGGAGGGUCCCAUCACAAGUGAAUCAUUGGCUGAGGAUUAUCUAUAUCCAGUAAACCCAAAGAUAUAUAUUUUGUUAAGGUACCUGAAUAUGGAUAAACUCCUCCCCUGCUACAGACACACAGUUACUACUGCUUGUUUAAAAGCAAUCCGUAAACUGCAAAAAACUGGUCACCUUCCCCCUAAUCCUGAAUUCUUCAAGGAUUAUUCUAAGCAUGGACAAUUCCAGGAUGUUAGAUUGGCUGCCCUGGAGUGCCUGGUUGACUAUGUAAGGUUGGAGGGCAGGUUUGAGGAUCUCAACUACCUCCUCGAUAUGGUGGAGAAGGAUCCGGAUCCCGGGAUCCGGCACCUACUCGUCCGGAUGAUGGUCAACAAUCCUCCGUUUGAGAAGGGACGAAACCACAGGAAUGACCGACCGGAAAUGGUAGAACGGAUGUGGGGAAUGAUAAACUCUAAGUUCUGGUAUGACAGUCGACUGCGCUGUGAUAUGGUUGACCUCUACCACAUCCUCUACUCUAAACGUCGACCCUUCUGUCUCCCAAUACCUGAAUUGGCGGCCCUAGGCCGGGCCUCGGCCUCUAUGGGGAUGGGGCCAAGUAUGGGAAGUUCUAUGGGGGCAACAUGGCCUAAAAAAUCUCAGUUUGUGAUUCCGAAAACUGAGAAGAAGGAGAUAAAAACAGAGAUUAAACAGGAACCUGGGAUACAGAUAAAACAGGAGUUGGAUAUCCGUUCAUCUUCAAUAUCAGGUUUAGAUAUCCCGGAGUUCUUGAUGGAAGGAAAUGCCAACGCCAAUUUCAUGCCUCCCAUGAUGGGCAUACCGGGCAUGCAGGGGUUUUCUGGCAUGCAAGGUUUUUCUGGAAUGCAAGGAAUGCCAGGCAUGCAGGGUUUACCGGGCAUGCAGACCUUCCCUGGCAUGCAGGGUCUUCAAGGUUUACACAUGGGGGAUCCCUGGGGACAGGAAUCGAGCAGGAAACGAAAGAAAGAUAAGAAGAAGAAGAAAAAGCAUAAACAUAAGAAGGAGGAUAGAAAAGAGGAAGAUGGAUCUUCAAGACUGAGUUCUGGAGGAAGCAGCUCAGGAAGCGGUCCUAAUAGUCCACUGGGAGGACCAGGGAUAGAGUUUUAAUUUUAGUAUUGGCUAUAACCUGUAAAUGCAGCUCCAAUUCUUACCUUGAGAUAAAGUUCUAAUCUGAACCUUGAGAUACAGUUCUAAUCCUAACCUGGAGAUACAGUUCGAAUCUGAACUUGGAGAUACAGUUCUAAUACUUUCCUUUAGAUACAGUUCAAAUCCAACCCCUGAGAAACAGUUCUAAUCCAAACCUGGAGAUACAGUUCAAUAUUCCUGAAGUCUAAGAUUGAUCUAUACUCUCUGAAUAAGGAUCUCAUGUGAGCAAAAGUUCUUGCUAAUUAUGUUCUGAAGGUUAGGACAAAAGUUCUUGUUUAUUUUGUCCUGAAGUUUGAGACAGAAAUUCUUGUCCUGAAUUUAGAACAAAAGUUUUGUGUAAAAUUGCCAGAAUCUGUCAAGGCAGUCCAUGUACUCAUUUAAUAGUACAAAACUAAAAAACCGUGUAAACAUGAUACAAAGCAGUAUGAAUUUGCAGUUCAUUCUUCACGUAAUUAUGCAUAUUUAUUUAUAUGUUUAUACUUUGCAGA